AUGACAACAAUAUCACAUGCUCGUAUAUCAACAAAUGAAAGAAAAAAAAUAACUUUAUCUUCUCCUUUAUUAUUAACAAAAAAAUCACAAAUUACAACAUUAUCAAACAAAAAACCUAUUGAUCCAUUUGAAAAACGUCUUAAUUAUAUUCGUAUACAUCUUUUAAAUAAUAGAAUUCAACGAAAAAUAACAUAUCAUGAACCAACACUUAUUUUUGAUAAAUUUCUUUAUUUAGGUGGUCUUAGAUCAUUACACGAUCAAAAUCGUCUUACUCGUUUAAAUAUAACUCAUAUUCUAUCAGUUCUUUGGAUUCGACCAAAAAAAGAUUCGAUUCCUCCAAAUGUUAAACAUCUUUUUAUUAAAGCUGAAGAUACAAUGUCAUUUAAUAUGUCACCAUAUUUUGAACAAGCCUGUCAAUUUAUUGAAGAAGCACGACAAUUAAAUGGUUGUGUACUUAUUCAUUGUGCAUGUGGAGUAUCACGUUCAACAACAUUAUGUUGUGCAUAUUUAAUAAAACAUCAUUCAAUGUCAAUUGAACAAGCUAUAAAUGAAAUACGUACACAUCGUCCUAUUGUACAACCAAAUACUGGUUUUCUUCGUCAAUUAAUACGUUAUAAUGAAAAAAUUGAACGUGAUAAAACAGAUAUGAAUAUAAUUGUAGAACAAUUACAAAAAAUUUAA